GGCGGCGGCGGCGGAUUCCACUUAGAGCGCCGUGGUUGAGUCUUGAGACGGGCAGCUUUCCUGUGGCCGCCACGCGAACCUGCCGCCCGUUGCCUCGAGCACCAUGCCGCGCUCUUUUCUCGUCAGGAAGCAGUCCGUGCCCCGCAGGAAGCCCAACUACAGCGAGCUGCAAGACUCUAGUUUGGAGUUCACCUUUCAGCAGCCUUAUGACCAGGCCCACCUGCUGGCCACCAUCCCGCCUCCCGAGGUCCUCAAGCCCACGGCCUCGCUGCCCACACUCAUCUGGGACUCCCUGCUGGUGCCCCCAGUGCCACGGGGGCCUGUGGUGGCCUGGGCCGCCCUGCAGGUGGCCGAGCUGACUGUGCUGUCCGAUGAGGACAGUGGCCAGGGCUCACAGCCACCCAGCCCGCCCUCACCGGCGCCUUCCUCCUUCUCCUCGGCCUCACUCUCCUCCCUGGAGGCAGAGGUGUGUACCACCUGCCCGGCCUUGGGCCCACUGCCCAGGCCGCCGAGCCAGCUGUGCGAGACCAAGGAGCCCCAGGCCCGCAAGGCCUUCACCUGCAAGUAUUGCGACAAGGAGUACCUCAGCCUAGGCGCCCUCAAAAUGCACAUCCGCAGCCACACGCUGCCCUGCGUGUGCGCCACCUGCGGCAAGGCCUUCUCCAGGCCCUGGCUGCUGCAGGGCCACGUACGGACCCACACAGGCGAGAAGCCCUUCUCCUGCUCUCACUGUAGCCGUGCCUUUGCCGACCGCUCCAACCUGCGCGCGCACCUGCAGACGCAUUCAGACGUGAAGAAGUACCAGUGCGUGGUGUGUGCGCGGACCUUCUCCCGCAUGUCCUUGCUCCACAAGCACCAGGAGUCAGGCUGCAUGGCGGGCCCACGCUGACCCAGCUCCUCCUCCGCUCUCUCCCUGACCCAGGGCAGCCUCUGCAGGUUCCAGGAGGCUGGAGCCCGCCUCCGCUUACUGCCCAGGAGUUCCUUCACAGCAGCGGCUGCAGCGGCCCCCACAGGACUUUGUAAAGACAGAUUUCUGCUUUCUAACACUCCGUUCUGGGCAUCCCGGCGUGCUCCGCAAGAGGCCUUUCUGUAGCCCACCUUCAGUUGUGGGCUUGUGUAACUAGAGAGGUUUAGAUACAGCUGCUGCGAGACUGCGACAGACUGACAGGAAGCUCUCACCCCACGCCCCAGCCCUCCCCGUCCCAGGCCACCCUCCACGAGGUGUGACUAACUAUGCAGUAAUCCGCCCCCAGGUGCAGCUCCAGGUCCCGCGGGGGUGGGCGCCUGACAGGAGGCCAUGUCUAGACCCCAAGGUGCCCCUGGGCUUGGGCAGCUGUGUCAGCCUCCUGUUUGUCACUGCGGCACCUGUUUCACGGACAGUUUAACAGUGUCUCAGAAGAGACUGGGUGGUGGCCCUCGGCCUGACCCCUGUGUCUCCCGGAACUAUUUUGGGGCCCAACAGGUGGGCCUACAAGAAAGAUGUUUACAUUUUAAAAGGUACACUGGUAUUUAUAUUGCAAGCAACCUUUUGAAUUACGUUUUGUACAGUUAUGUGUACAGUUUAUUGAUAUUCAAUAAAGCA